AUGGUCUCCAUCGACGCUCUGACGACGUAUUUCCGACAGACAAACCCUAACAUAGAUUUGGGAGCAGCGUUGGCUGGCCUGAGUCUACUCGGAGGCGGAGCACCGGUAAUACCCAUCCCUACUCCGGGACUUCCACCCGUCAUAGUUCUUCCACCCACCGUCCCUACUUCAUCAACCCCCACAAUAAUCGAACCCUCUCCACAAGAAACCGCACAACCGGAAACAUCAGGAGCCUCUCCUACGCUACAACCGAUCUUACCAUUAGACGUAAGUCCCAUCUCGGCUUACCAAGAUCCAGGAACAGGGGAAGAAGAAGCCACCGGAGUGGAGAAUGCAGAGGAAGAAAUUUCCAACAAGGCUGCAAGCAGGGGAGAAGGGGAGAUCAUAGAGGAGACGCCCUUGAAAGAAACUGUGGAGGAACGGGAGAUGAGGGAAGAAAAAGAGCUGAACGAAACGGCCAGGAAACAAGGCCUCAUGAAUGACGAAGAAUUCCAGUCGCUGAUUGAUGGAGUGACGUGGAGAGAGGAGAUCACUGCCGAGAUGGCUGAGGCUCUAGACCUCGCAUCUAAGGCAGUAGGAAAUGAAAGCGCACAGGAACCAACCGAGGAACCGGAGGAGAAGCCCGCCCAAGCAAUAGAUGAGAUGGUAACUGAGAAGGUGGUAGAAACAGGCCCUGAUGUGCCAGAGUACCAGCCAGAAGUAGAGGCGGGCAGCGAACAACAGAAAGAAAAGGAACCCGAAGACGACCCAAGGGCUCCGAGGCAGAAACCAACACGGAUAUCACAAAGGUGCCUGGGAAGCGGGGUGAUUGGGAAGGCAGGAGGCAACACUGCGUCUAGUGCAGUAGAGAUAUCAAGUGAGGAUGAGAAAGACGCUUCUACAAAAACUGAGGAGGAGUCCUUACCGGCUGAUGACCAGAAAGACAUCCCAACAGAAACAGAGGUGGUGCCACCUACCCCAACUGACCAGGAAGGGAGAACCUCUCCACAAACAAAGGACGACAUUGCCGAGAUGGCUGAGGAUCUGGACCUCACAUCCAAGGCAGUAGAAGACAAAGCACCAGAGGAAGAGGAACCCCCAACAAGACCAGAGCCGGAGAGGAGAGAUCAACCACGAUGGAGGGAUAUUAGCGACGACGACUACGUCUCGAGUGAAGAAUUUGAAUCGAAGAGCGAUGUUUCCUUUGAGGAUGAAGAGUUCCAGGAGCACCAACUGCCUAAGAACUAUCGUGAGCUCAUCCACCCUCCAGUGGAGAGAAUAGAGUACCAGCCGUGA